UUCUUACUACAAUGUCUGGAGGACCUAGACGCCAGCCUCCGCAAGCUCAACUCCCGUCUGUUUGUCAUCCGGGGCCAGCCUACUGAUGUCUUCCCCAGACUGUUCAAGGUACAGUCAACACAGUCACACUUACUUUACCGUAGUAAACAAUUACACUACUGUAACCGUACAUACACUUACAGUACUGUACAUGUAGCCUAUACCUCAUAGAAAUACAGUAUGCUCUGUUGCAUAGAAAUACAGUAUGUCCCAUAAAUCCUGUCACAGUAAAUGUACCGUAUAUACACUGUAUCAGAUACGCUCAAAUAUAUGAAGAGUAUCUAAUUGAAAAAAAGUAUCCUUAUUCAGGUAUGUGCUACGGAUACUGUAUGUAGUCUUAAUGUGAUAUAUACACUGAGUGUACAAAACAUUAAGAACACCUGCUCGUUCCAUGACCAGGUGAAUGAUAUGAUCCCUUAUUGAUGUAACUUGUUAAAUCCACUUCAAUCAGUGUAGAUGAAGGGGAGGAUAAGUAUUUUUUAAGCCUUGAGACAAUUGAGACAUGGAUUGUGUAUGUGUGCCAUUCAGAGGGUAAAUGGGCAUGACAACAGAUUUAAGAGCCUUUGAACGGGGUAUGGUAGUAGGUGCCAGGCGCACCGGUUUGUGUCAAGAACUGCAACGCUGCUGGGUUUUCCACGCUCAACAGUUACCCGUGUGUAUCAAGAAUGGUUCACCACCCAAAGGACAUCCAGUCAACUUGACACAACUGUGGGAAGCAUUGGAGUCAACAUGGGCCAGCAUUCCUGUGGAACGCUUUCUGUGACAUCCACUAUCUCUAUAUUUACAACGGUAAAGGUCCCCUAUUUAUCAUGUUGGCUGACUGUGGCAUGACUGACCUUGUUCCGAUGUCUCUGCUUCCCAGGAAUGGCAGACCAGCCGGCUGUCUUAUGAGUACGACUCUGAGCCCUUCGGCAAGGAACGUGACGCCGCCAUCCAGAAGCUGGCCAGCGAGGCAGGGGUGGAGGUUACUGUCAAAGUCUCCCACACGCUCUACGACCUGGACAAGUGAGUGGCUCACACACACACAGUCAAGGAGAUUUAGAUACUGUAGUUCCUAGCUGACAUACAUUAGAUAUUGUGAGAAUACAACCCAUUUUAAGUGAUCAAGUUGUGCAAAUAUGCAAACAUGAUGUAUUAGCAAUAUAUUCAUGAAUAAUGCCGUCAUGCUAGGGUUACGUGAUGCACUAAAUGCCUCUAUCUCUGUCCAUGUGUCUCUGUAGGAUCAUCGAGCUAAACGGAGGCCAAUCCCCUCUCACCUACAAGCGUUUCCAGGCGCUCAUCAGUCACAUGGAUGCCGUAGAAUCGCCCGCUGAGACCAUCACUGCCGAGGUCAUGAGGAAGUGUGCCACUCCCGUCGGUGAUGACCAUGACGACAAGUUUGGCGUGCCCUCCCUGGAGGAGCUUGGCUUUGAGACCGAAGGCUUGGCUACAGCAGUAUGGCCCGGGGGAGAGACUGAGGCCCUCACUCGCCUGGAGAGGCACCUGGAGAGAAAGGUGGGGAGUAGUCCCUUUCUAUCCCACCACUACUGAACCAGUGUGGUGGACACAUACAGUGCCAGGUUGGGGGUCAAUUCCAUUUUAAAUUCAGUAAAUUCAACCCCCACUAACCUUCUGUGUUCCAGGCAUGGGUGGCCAACUUUGAGCGUCCCCGGAUGAACGCCAACUCCUUGCUAGCCAGCCCCACAGGCCUUAGCUCCUACCUCCGCUUCGGCUGCCUCUCCUGUCGCCUCUUCUACUUCAAACUCACUGACCUCUACAGGAAGGUGAAGAAAAACAGCUCGCCGCCCCUCUCGCUCUAUGGCCAGCUGCUGUGGCGUGAGUUCUUCUACACCACGGCCACCAACAACCCCCGCUUUGACAAGAUGGAGGGCAACCCGGUGUGUGUGCAGAUCCCCUGGGACCGCAACCCGGAAGCGCUGGCCAAGUGGGCCGAGGGGAGGACUGGCUUCCCCUGGAUUGACGCCAUCAUGACCCAGCUAAGGCAGGAGGGCUGGAUCCACCACCUGGCCAGACACGCUGUGGCCUGCUUCCUCACUAGAGGAGACCUGUGGAUCAGCUGGGAGGAGGGCAUGAAGGUAGAUACCUGUUAGAGGGAGACGAAGGGGGAGCGGGAGAGGGGAGACAAAGAGAGAAGUAGGUAGAUAAUGUAUGACUGUGAUAUCUGACCGUGUGUGUUUAUUUGCCUGUCAGGUAUUUGAGGAGCUCCUCCUGGAUGCAGACUGGAGUGUGAACGCAGGCAGCUGGAUGUGGCUCUCCUGCAGCUCCUUCUUCCAGCAGUUUUUCCACUGCUACUGCCCCGUGGGCUUUGGCAGGAGGACGGACCCCAACGGAGACUACAUACGGUGAGAAGACUCCCUACACCCAGUUGUCCACCCCUCCACUAUAUUUAGACAGUGUGGUACACUCUAUUUAUUUUCCUCUUGAAGUACUCUCCAAGUAAUAGACCUCAGUGUUUUAUUUCACCAUGCUUGUGACAAGACAUGUAGGACAUGCAGUAUACCAUGACAAACAAUUCUGUACAUGACCUGCUAGACCACAAUGUCACGUCAUACACUUCAUAGAGUCUUGGUUAAAUUUCCAUGCUGUACCCACUAGAAAUUGUUUCUCGAUUGUUCAUUGCAAAAUAAGUGUGUCAUCAACAGGUGACAUUUGAUUUCUCUGUUUGGUUCUUCCAGGCGCUAUCUGCCCAUUCUGAAGGCCUUCCCGGCCAAGUACAUCUACGACCCCUGGAACGCGCCCGAAAGCGUGCAGAAGACGGCCAAGUGCGUGAUCGGCGUGCAUUACCCCAAGCCCAUGGUGCACCACGCCGAGGCCAGCCGCCUCAACAUCCAGAGGAUGACGCAGAUCUACCAGCAGCUCUCCUGCUACCGCGGCUUGGGUGAGCACAGAGCACGACCUGCUGAAAUUACAGCUAAUAGCCUGAAAAUUCGCUUUUCUGGUACUUACUCAAACGAUUUCAAUGAUAAGCUAUUCAAAGCGUCUCAGAGUAGGCUUGCUGAUCUAGGAUCCGUUUUGCCUUUUAAAUCAAGGGAGGGCGGACCUGACCAUAGACCAGCACUCUUAUUCUGAGAUUCUUUGUGGAUACAGUGACUUUGUCUUUUAUAUUAUCAUGAUCAUUUGUUCUCUAUGGGGGUGUGGUGUGGUAGACUGACUGUACAACUCUUCUUUUUGUCCCCACUUCACAGGGCUGCUCGCAACAGUGCCUGCUAAUCCUAACAAUGGUGGAAACUGUGUGGGGACCUCCCCUGAAGAAAACCAGCAUGAGGCAGCCGCUCAAGCAGGUAAAGACCCUCUCCAUCCUCCUUGGUUCCUUGGCUGGCCUUACCACAGCAAAACCUGCCUUUUUCCAAAGAGUAGGGUUAAAGGACAAAUUAACUUUCUUUGAACCAAAGUGAACUUGUCCUUUAACCUGCAUCUUAUCUACCCAUCUCAUCUACAUCGAGGUUGAUAUGUGGGCUUGAACUGUGACUUCAUCCAUCUCAGAUAUGUGGGCCUGAACUGUGACUUCAUCCAUCUCAGAUAUGUGGGCCGUGGGUGGAAGUUACAAGAGUCAAAGCAGACACCAUAACCAAUUUCAAAGGGAAAAAUGUGUUUUUUUUUAUAUAUAUUUUUACUCAGGCAGAGGACAUGCUGCUGUGAAGCGUCCCAACGAGGACCUCACACCGGGGGGUAGCAACAAGGCCCGGAGGCAGACCAGCAAC